ACACAGAGCAUUGUGUACCAAAGGUUUUCAGCUGGAGGCUGUUUUCAGAGUCCUGAUUUAAAAAACUCCAGCUGUCAUACCAAGAUAUGUCAAUAGCACAGGAUCCAGACUCCCCGGGGACAACGGGAGAAAAGAGCCGCAGUCAAACUAAUCUGGUGCCAUUCACCACUGAAUUUACUAAGAUGGUGACGACAAGCAGUCCGCGCUUUGGUGCCUUGAGUCAUCACUCAUUCUUCUCCCGACACAACCCUCAUCCACACAGGGUGCGGCAUAUUCAAGGACUCAAUGGUAGGCCCGUUUGCAUGGUGAGAGAUGACUGGUUUGUCACCUCAUCAUUAUUUCCUCAUCCACUUCUCAAGAGCCACGUUCUCAGGAAAGCAACGUAUCCUUCUUUUGCUUUUCCACUUGCUCAGAAUCUUUAUGGAGCCAGUAGCAACAAAAAUAAAUCAGCACUAUUUUCGGAAGCCUGGAGGGAUGAACUCAAAGAACUUGUUACAAAAGUCAGUGUGUCGUCUCAAAAACAAAAGGACAAAAAAGAGGACAACCCUGAGGAAGAAUUUGUCCGCCGAAAGACCCAAUAUUCAGCUGAAACUGGGAGGAUUAUCCCUCCAGCCACUAAGUCUUACCAACGCAGAUCCCAUUCCCAGCGCCAGGCGUAUCCCCAGCCCUUCCAUGAUCAAGAACUUAUGGUGUUGGAGCUACUUUGUCAGAUCUUACAGACAGAUUCCCUGUCCACCGUCCAGCAGUGGCUUCUGCUUGCAGGUCAAAGAGAGAAAGACCUGGUGAUGGGAAUGAUCAAACAAGCACUGGAUGGGGUCUACCUCUCAGGCCAUCAUCAGCAGAACCUCCAGGAGCUCCAAGCUUUUCAUCCUGGUACAUCUCCACCGGUAUAUGGUCCAUCAUUUGACCAGUCAUGGAGAAAACCACAGAGAAUGAGCUCAUACGGAGUAAACCGAGCUUUCAGCGGCGACAAACCAGUGGCAGACACUUUUUUUGAUGGCACAGGAGGAGGUCCUGGAAGUCAUUAAAACCUGAAAUCUGCCAUCUCCUCUUUAGAAAUGUUCUUUUUUUAAAUGUGCUUUUUUCCUCCAGUUAAUUUCUCUUAGUUUGUCCUUGAGUGGGUGAGUGGGUGACUGGAUUUCUUUGAAUUGUUCUCUUUCAUAAAUGCUUGUAGACUAAUAUGCUAUUAAAACAAAUACUAUAGAGAAGAUAAAGUGAUUAUAAAAAUAUUGUGUUUUUUACUAAUCUAUUGGCAUACAAAUUCAACUCUGCACGAAAUGCUUGUUCUUUUGGUGUAAUCAAUUGCAAUCAAAGCAGUGAUUUUGAAGUCUUUCAGAAUCAGAAUC